AUGCAAUCUUCAGCGACUUUUGUGGGUUCUAUCGAUCAAGGCACAACCAGCACCAGGUUCUUGAUUUUCGAUCGAGAAGGCGAACCCAUCGCAUCACAACAAGUCGAAUUCAGUCAAAUAUAUCCCAAUCCAGGGCGGGGACUGACCACAAGUUUUCUCCAAGAUAGGUGGCAUGAACAUGAUCCACUUGAACUGAUCUCCUCCGUGGAGGAGUGCAUUGAAAAAACAGUCCAAAAGUUCGAAAACGACGGCUACGCCCGCACAGGUAUACAAGCGAUCGGAAUAACGAACCAACGAGAAACUACUAUCGUCUGGGACCACGAGACGGGGGAGCCCCUCUAUAAUGCAAUAGUCUGGACCGAUACACGUUCCCAGUCGAUCGUGAACGGGUUAAAACAGAAGCCGGGAGCUUCUAACAUCCGAUCAAUAUGCGGCCUGCCGUUAUCGACAUACUCGUCUGCGACAAAACUUCUGUGGAUGAUCGCGCACGUUCCAAAAGUGCGAGAUGCGUACGAUCGGGGUACCCUUGCUUUUGGAACGGUAGACUCAUGGCUCGUAUAUCGUUUGAACGGCGGUGUACACGCCAACGUCUUUGUCUCAGAUUCGACAAACGCAUCACGGACCAUGUUUGUAAACUUGGAAUCCUUGCAGUAUGACGAGACGCUACUGGACUUUUUCGGAAUAAAAGGAAAAGUUCAUCUUCCCACUAUUGUUCCCUCCUCUGACACACAUGCGUAUGGUGCGAUUGCCUCUGGUGCCCUUGCUGGUGUUCCUAUCAUGGGUUGUUUGGGUGAUCAGUCAUCUGCACUCGUUGGGCAGAAAGGAUUUUCACCCGGCAUGGCUAAAAACACAUAUGGGACAGGAUGCUUCUUAUUGUACAAUGUUGGCGACAAGCCCGUCAUUUCAAAGCAUGGUCUUCUAGCAACAGUUGCCUACAACUUUGGUAGUAAGGCCGUGUAUGCACUUGAAGGAAGCGUUGCCGUGGCGGGGGCUGGAAUAAAGUUCCUUCAAAACAAUUUGAAUUUCUCCCAAAGUCCCGAGAAAAUCAAUGAACUUGCUCUUUCGGUGGAUGAUAACGGGGGAUGCGUCUUUGUCACGGCUUUCAGUGGACUCUUUGCGCCCUACUGGAUUGAUGAUGCGAAGGGAACUAUUUUUGGUAUCACUCAGUAUACUCAAAAAGGCCACAUCGCCCGCGCAACUCUGGAGGCAACUUGCUUUCAAACCAAAGCAAUUCUCGAGGCAAUGGCAAAGGACAGUGGGAAAGCUCUUUCCGAGCUUGCUGUUGAUGGGGGCAUGAGCAAUUCCGAUUUAGCCAUGCAGAUCCAAUCGGACUUGAUAUCUAUACCCGUCUACCGUCCCAAAAUGCGCGAAACCACUGCUUUGGGGGCAGCUAUCGCUGCAGGCCUUGCGGUGGGUAUCUGGCGAAACUUUGCAGAGCUGCGAGAUAUAAAUCGAAGUGGUGGAGCAGUCUUCGAUCCUCAAAUUACACGUGAGGAUAGCGCAAACAAAUUUGAAGAAUGGGAGAAGGCAGUACGAAUGAGCAAGGGGUGGAUUAGUACUAAUCAGGACAAGUCGAAAGAAACAAUCAUCCCCGGCAAAGCUGAUGGAAAAGAGACUAACGAAGCACCGAAUGUCAGGUUGGAGAGUUUUCCUCCUAACAAGACCGUUAACAUACAGCCAUUCUCGAAAUCGGCUUGA